AUGACACGCAAAAACGCUAGUCUCUCGAAGCGUCGCUCUAAACCGAGCUUGAAGGUUGCAACCGCCACCGGCCACAGCGGCCGCGAGAACGGCAAAAUGAACCACGGCAUUGAAAUGCGCAAACGCGACACCCCCUCUACCGAAUCCUCCGAAGAACGUACCGCUCGCCUCAUGUCUCGAAACAGCUUUACUCUUGAUGAGGACCCGGCACCCGUCACCCCGCAAACCCCCGGCAUGACGACGACAAGCUUCCAAAAUUUACCCCGAAGUGAUAAGCGGAAUUUCAUGCUCCUAUGCGUGCUAUAUUUUCUGCAAGGCGUACCGAUGGGAUUAGCCACCGGCUCUGUUCCUUUUUUGUUGAAGCCCUAUCUUUCAUACGGGCAAAUUGGCAUUUUCUCGCUCGCUUCAUACCCAUAUUCAUUAAAGCUGUUUUGGAGUCCCAUCGUGGACGCGGUAUGGAGCCAACGGUUUGGCCGUCGGAAGAGUUGGAUUACCCCCGUCCAGAUCAUUGCAGGCUUGGCUAUGAUCUACCUUGGGGGUCAUAUUGAGGAAAUGAUGGAGCAGGCCGGCGCGAACGGUGGGGCUGGCGUGUGGAACUUCACAUACUGGUGGUUCUUGUUAGUGUUCUUCUGCGCCACCCAAGAUAUCGCUGUUGACGGGUGGGCUAUCACUCUCAUGUCGCCUCCGAACAUCUCAUAUGCCUCUACUGCGCAAACGGUCGGCUUGACAGCCGGCCACUUCUUGUCCUACACCGUGUUCCUUGCGUUCAACUCGAAAGAUUUCGCCAACCGCUGGUUCCGAACUAUCCCCGGCGAGACCGGCCUCUUGUCUUUGAGUACCUACCUGACGAUCUGGGGCUGGACAUACCUCAUUGUUACCUUGGGAUUGGCUCUAUUGAAGAAAGAAGAUCGCACCAAAGAGCGAGAUAGCAUUAUGGACGUCUACAAGAGCAUGUGGAAUAUUUUGAAGUUGAAAAACAUUCAAACCAUCAUCAUCAUUCAUCUUAUUGCGAAGAUCGGAUUCCAGGCCAAUGAUGGGGUGACAAGCCUCAAAUUAUUGGAGAAGGGCUUUGGCCAGGACAACAUGGCCCUGGUCGUCCUCAUCGACUUCCCAUUCGAGAUCAUGUUGGGCUACUAUGCAGGAAAGUGGUCCACCGAGUACACGCCCAUCCGCCUUUGGGGAUGGGCAUUUGGUGGCCGGCUUGCCGCCGCAGUGCUUGCUCAAUUGACCGUGAUGAUCUACCCGAGUGGCUCAGAGGUUCCGCUUUGGUACCUGCUAACCGUCAUUUCCGAGCAUGUGAUAUCGACCUUCAUGAACACCGUGAUGUUUGUGUCCAUUUCGGCUUUCCAUGCGCGUAUCGCAGAUCCAGCUAUUGGCGGUACCUAUAUGACUCUCCUCGCAACCGUCUCCAACCUGGGCGGCACUUUCCCCCGCUUCUUUAUUCUGAAGCUCGUCGAUCUUUUCACCCAAGCGACCUGCAUUCCUCCCACUGUCGCUCCGCCAAGCGACCAGCUCAAAGACACUCUUGUCACCUCUCCUUUCUCUUGCGCCCUCGAACCCGAGAAGAACCGCUGCGUCAACGGCGGCGGCAUUUGCGAGAUUAGCCGCGAUGGCUACUACAUCACCAAUAUUCUCUGCGUCCUCGUUGGCACCAUCACAUUUGUAUGGUUUAUCAAACCUGCUGCGGAUAAGCUGCAGGCUCUGCCCUGCGUGCUUGGCGAUUGGCGUCAGGUGCUCAGCGAGACUAGUUCAGGUUCUGCGUGUCAAGCCUCCAUCGGUCUCGAC